UCAUUAUUAUUUACAUUUUAUAAAUUCAAAAUGGCGUCUUCAGGUAGACCCGAAAGGCAAGCGCCUCCAGAAAUCUAUUACAAUGAAGACGAAGCCAAGAAAUACACAUCUAAUUCUCGAAUCAUUGAGAUUCAGCAGCAGCUGUCAGAAAGAGCCAUUGAGUUGUUGGCACUACCUGAUGACAAACCAUGCUUCAUACUGGAUAUUGGAUGUGGUUCAGGGCUGAGUGGAGAAUGCUUAACAGAUCAGGGACAUGUGUGGAUUGGAGUCGACAUCAGUGAACACAUGCUUGGAAUUGCCCGUGAGCGUGAAGUGGAAGGCGAUCUGCUGCAUGGAGACAUGGGGUAUGGGAUGCCCUUCCGACCUGGCACGUUCGACGGAGUUAUCAGUAUUUCUGCCCUGCAGUGGCUGUGCAAUGCUGACAAGAAGUAUCACCAUCCACCCAAACGACUGAGCAAGUUUUUCACCACACUGUAUGCAUCAAUGAGUCGCGGAGCACGAGCUGUGUUUCAGUUGUACCCAGAAAACAGUCAACAGCUCGAGCUCAUCACACAGCAGGCAAUGAAGUCAGGUUUCACGGGUGGCCUUGUCGUCGACUUCCCAAACAGCACCAAAGCUAAAAAGCUGUUCCUGUGCCUGUUUGCAGGGGGCGUGGCACAGCAGCUGCCCCAGGGACUCGGGACACAGGAGGGGGCACAUAACCACAUUGCCAACUCGGACAAAAGGGAACGCAUGCGUGGAAUCCGAGGGAAGUCGGUGAAGAAAAGCCGGGACUGGAUCAUGGAGAAGAAAGAGAGACGGCGGAGGCAGGGGAGAGAUGUACGUCCAGACACAAAGUACACAGGGCGACAGCGGAAACCCAAAUUCUGAUGAAUGUUGUUUGUUGUAAAUAAAGUAUAUAUGUACAGUGGCUAU